GACAAGUCGAUGGUAUUAGUGCUGUCGUCUCUCGGACACCGGUAGUCGUUGAAAAUUGACCCCCGUACCUUAACAUUCAGACUCGACUCGUGGUCCAUCUCUUCCUUCAUCGAAAAAGCCCUAAUUGCUACAACACCGUUGGGUCCUAAGGCAAACACAAUACCACACUUGCAGUCGUCUCAGCUGCAGGUUAGUUGGUCCACAUUCAGAUAUAGCAUCCAUGACGAAGCCAUCCCCCUCGAGGAUCCCCCGUCGUCGCUCUUCUACCACGCCAGAAGAGGUACCCGUAAGGAAGGUACGGUCAAGCCCGUCGGCGUCUUCAUCGACACGGUCAUCUACACGGUCCAUCUCAUCAAAUAGACACCCUCCACUCUCCUACUCCGGGGAGCGAUGCCGCUCGUCAACAUCUGGUCCAUCAACACCUCGUCCCACCAGCCAGGAUUCCAACUCACCUCCUCGGCCUAUCUCAUCCAAGCGAUACCCUCCGCUCUCCUACUCGGGCGAGCGUCGUCCAUCCGCAUCUCGUCCAUCCGCAUCUGGUCCAUCAACAAAUCGUCCGUCAACCCCUCGUCCCGUCACUCAGGACUCCAACUACGGAGCAUCACUACACCCAUCUGUGGCAUCCAAUUCCCAAUCCAGCAGUCUCUGCUCAUACCAGAGCUCAAUCAGCCAGGAAGAGGCAAGAAAGCCGUGGGACCCGGAUGUCGAGCUGCAUAAAGUCUCAAGAUCCCUUCUCAGGCUGCAAAAGUAUGGACUCCUCUUGGGUUUGGCGUCGACCAACGGAAUCCUCAUCUGGGCGGCUGUCAGAUACCACAAGUACUACUACAUCUUUCUUCCCUUUUUGUGCAUCAACACAUUCGCACAAGUCUUCUUUGCACUUAGCAUCAUGCUAUCAGCGACAUACACUGCCAUCUCUCGGACGGUGCUCCGGACCAAAGAUGAGGUCCCCGAGACCCCCGAGAAGUUUGUCAUGAUCCUUCCGUGCUACAACGAGGAUCGCAACGAAGUCGAGACUUCUCUCAACUCGCUGGUUGAGCAGGAGAAGAUCAGCGAGCACCCGCGAAUCAUCAUGGUUGUCGUGGACGGCAAUGCGAAGGCUGCCGGCGAGACCAAGUCGACGCAGGACUUCCUGCUCAACGACAUGCUGGCCGGUGGCGAGCGCGUCGAGUUCGAGAACGGAUACUGCGCGCGGGACGGCUUCUUCAUGCCCGUGACAGUCCAGCACGGCGUCUAUAGAGGUAUCCCGUACAUCGUCGUCGGGAAGCGCUACAACCAGGGCAAGCGUGACAGCCUCUGCUUUGCGCGUUCCUUCCUGUGGCACUACCACAACCGCUCGGAGCACAUCGCGACCAUCUUCAACCCGGCCCUCUUCGAUCGGCUUGCGUCGAUCCUGGUCAACAAUGGCCUCGAUGCCGUCGACUAUCUCUGCGGCAUGGACGGGGACACCAUCUUCGACACGGACUGCGUCUACGAGCUGAUCAAGGCCAUGAGGCGUGGCGGUCCGAAGGUUAUCGGCGUGUGUGGAGCCGUGCUUGUCAAGUUUGACGAGAGGCCAUGGGGUUUUUGGAACCUGCUCCAGAACACAGAGUACAACAUGACGCAGGGGUUGAGGCGAGAAUUCCAGUCGCGAGUGACGGGCAAAGUCAACUGUCUGCCGGGCUGUUGCCAGCUCAUCCGCGUCCGGGAGGCAACCUUUGGCGACAAUGUUCUCCGCGAGCGGUUUGGCUAUGUCCCGAAACCCAACGACACGGUCACGCAGCAAAUCAUGGGCGUGUACUCGGAAGAUUCUAUCCACGCCAGCAUCAUCUUCUCCCAAUUCCCCCAGUCCCAGACUAGGCAGGCGUUGCGUGCCCGGGCCUACACCACGGCUCCGCAGUCAUGGUCGGUCUACCUUUCCCAGCGGAAGCGCUGGGCGCUGGGCAGCAAGUCGAACGAGUUCGUCAUGAUCUUCCGGCCGGGUAUCCUGUGGAUUGAGCGGAUAUGUUCGAUAAUCACAGUCAUCACCUGGUGGAUUGGCCCCUUCGUCGUCGCCGCAGUGGUGAGCCUGAUCAUCGCCUUCAUCCGCCUGGGCCCCAAGAUCUUUGACAACAAGGUCAUGAUAGGUCUGCUCUCUGUUUUGCUAUUCCGAUAUGUCUACUCGAUUUCAAUCGUCGUCUGGUUUCCGCAUACAGCGAUCGGGCGCGUUCGGUACCUGCUUGGUUUCUGCAUCUAUCUCUUCGCCUCCCCGUUUAUGAACCUCACUGUGACCGUCUACGCCCUCUUGCACUGCGACGAGUUCAGCUGGGGCAAGACGAGGGCAGUGGCGGCGGACGACGGUGACGUGAGCACUCCACCAAAUGAUACACAAACAGCGCAGCAAAAGUUUACGGAGAAGAUGCCUCCUCUUUAG